AUGUAUCCAAUCGAUCUACUAUCUCCAUCUCAUCUCUUCACCAAUGUCAUAUCCGUCCUUAACUCUGUCCAGCUGCUUAGCAGGAAAGAGGCACCAGGUGCACAACCAACUCCUGCAGAUUUUGAAGUCAAUCUUCAAACGAAUACAGGGUUUCUCCCUGAGAAACCCAUCCCACGGCUUCCCGAAGCUUACAGCGCAUGGGAGGAUGCGCUUACACGAGCUCAGGAAGUGCUGAUACUCGGGGAAAACAUAACAGAGGACAACAUCAAGAGCCGAGUUGAUGGUGAACUCUGGAGAUCGCAAAUGCGAGAGCUCCCCGUGAUCAGCACCAAUGAUCUAAAAACAGACAAGCAAUUGUUGCGUCGCGCACAUAAAGUGCUCGCCUUUCUUGUACAUUUCUAUGUUCAUUCAAUACCGGACCAGACGGCCGGUUCGGUGCUUAUCCCCCGAUCUCUGGCGACUCCGUUGCUUGAAGUAUCAAGCGUAUUGCGAAUGGCGCCGGUACUUACAUUCGCCGACACCGUCCUAUGGAACUGGGAUCUCGUAAACCCAGAACUUCCUGUCACGAUAGAAAACAUGCGUUUCGGCGUUGAGCUCUUUUCGGGGACAGAAGACGAGCGGAAUUUCUGGUUCGGUAACGCAAAAGUCGAGAUGUUGGGUGUGGAGAUGCUCCACCUUAUCAACGAGUACCACAGUCUUCCCAAUGUUUCCGACUUCGCGUCCGUCUGCAAAAUCAAUCGGCUCCUGACCCGCCUCGUGGCAAUUAUCAAUCGGGUUGAAGAAACCUUGUUAUCCAUGCGGGAUCUUGUAGAUCCCUCCAUAUUCUACUGGCAAGUACGGCCUUGGUUCAAUGGAAGUGCUAGCGGGUCAUCUAGCCCGACAUGGAUUUUUGAAGACGGUCCUGACGCUUCCACGCUCGACCUCAGCGGGCCAUCAGCUGGCCAAAGUAGCGUCAUGCAUGCACUUGACAUCUUCCUAGAUGUCGACUUCAAACUGCAGCAGCGUCGGUAUCCAGCCCCCUCAGAAUCAAAUAAACGGUCUGAUCUUGGUUUCAUGGAGAGAAUGCGCCGGUAUAUGCCCGGAGCACACCAAGACUAUCUUUCCCAUCUCGCGAACUCCUCUCGUCCCCUCCGGGAACUCGCAAAAAGUACACCUGCUGUGAAGGAGUCAUAUAACGCAGCUGUGUCGGCGAUCAGAAAGUUCCGGGACUCGCACAUACGCAUCGCAUGCUUAUAUGUCGUCUCCAUGGCACGAUCAACGGCGAUACCGGUCGGAUGUCCCGUAUUUGCGAUGAUGCAGAGGAUGGAGCGACAACAGAAGCGAACAGGACACUCGACUGGCACAGGUGGUAACGAGUUGUCGCUGUUGCUGAAGUCCAACCGUGAUGCUACCGCACGGGCUGCUCUAAAGAUCUGA